CAGCUUUCUGACCCACCAUCCUUGCCUUCGGAAAAACCCACCAAAAAUGUCAAUUCCCUUUUUUUAAAAUAUAAAAAAAUUUGUAGUCAAACUCACUCAAAUCCCAAUCCCCAAACCAAACUUACAACAACAAAACUAAUUACUACAAAUAUUUUGGAAUGGCUGCAGCAGCUGUCUCUCUCCUCUCUGCCAAAUCAAUUACAGCCAUUCCAAAGCUUAAGCCUUUCCUCUUUGAUUUUCACGUUUCGCCCCCUUUCUCUCUCUCCUUUGCCGUUGCCCCCAACACCACCACCCAUUUCACUCUUUGGUCCCGUAAACCCCGCCGAAAUCCAACCCCUCCCGCUGCUGCCAUGUUAUUCCCUCAAAAUCCGGUCUUUUCCGACACUUGCGCCGCCGUCAUUAGCGGUUCCAUCGCCCUCUCUGUCCUCCGUUUAUGGCAGGAGACCGCCAAACGCGGCCUGUUUGACCAGAAACUGAAUAGGAAGCUCGUGCACAUAAGCAUUGGGCUAGUUUUCAUGCUUUGUUGGCCAUUAUACAGUUCUGGGUAUCGGGGAGCAAUUUUAGCAGCUAUUACACCCGGUGUCAACAUAAUACGUAUGAUUCUUAUAGGUUCUGGACUAUGGAAAGAUGAAGCCACUGUGAAAGCAAUGAGCAGAUAUGGUGACUACAGGGAACUUCUUAAAGGACCAGUCUAUUAUGCUACGACGAUUACUUUGGCUUGUGCAUUCUAUUGGAGGACUUCACCUAUAGCAAUUGCUGCAAUAUGUAACCUUUGUGCUGGAGAUGGUUUUGCCGAUAUCGUGGGAAGACAAUUUGGUGGACAGAAACUUCCUUACAAUAAGAACAAGUCCAUAGCUGGUAGUGUUGCAAUGGCAAUAGCUGGUUUUUUGACCUCUGUUGGGUAUAUGUAUUAUUUUUCCUACUUUGGAUAUAUCAAAGAGAGUACGGAGAUUGUUUUCGGUUUCUUGAUUGUGUCUAUCGCAUCAGCACUUGUGGAGUCACUUCCAGUUAGUACCGAGCUCGAUGACAACCUCACGGUUACAUUAACCUCAAUAUUGGUCGGCAGCCUUGUCUUCUGAUUUAAGAAUCAGUCUUAGAAUGCAGAGGCUAGUUGUAGGAGCAGUGUUUAUUUGGGGACUGAGAAAUGUUGUAAUUUAGUGUAACAUAUAAAAUGCUUGAAAUGUGGCCAAUGACGAUAUUCCACUGAUGACAUUGUAGUUCAAGUCCCGAGCUGCCUUUCUUAAUGGCAACAUUUGAGCCUAUCUCAUCCAUGGUUCCAAACUUA